GAAUAUAAACGUGUAUUACUGAUACAUCAUCGCUAAUACGAUGAGAUAUAGCCUAAUAUAAUCAUAUAGCCUAUAACAUGUAAUGUGUGACACAAAAAUUCUAAAUAUAGAUUUGCGUGUGUCGAACAAACAACGUAAUGAAUAUUCAAGACGCCCAUGCUCACCUGGUCAGGUGGAGGGAGGAGAAACUGAUUUAAAAACACAAGAAAUCCUAUGAGGCGAGCGGUCAGGUUUCGAUCAGAAAUCUUUCGUCAUGUCCUUCGAUCUGAACGCAGCUGUUGGAGGCGAUGAGGUGAAGAAGAGUGAAGGGAAAGAGGUGCAGGGAAUCUUCGGAUUUGGAAAAAAAGAUAAAGACAAAAGUAAAAGCAAAGAUAAUAGUGAUUCCAAAGACAAGGACAGAGACAAACAAAAAGACCAUAAAGACCAACACAAAGACAAAGAGCACAAAGACAAAGACAAAGACAAGGACAAGGACAAGAUGAAGAAGAAGAAGAAGAAGAAGGAUAAAGAGCACAAGAAGGGUGGCCACAGUUCAUCUUCCUCCUCCAGUGAUGAGGAGUAAAGCAAGACUGAGGAAAUUUACACAAUACUUGAUUCCUGCAUUUUAAUUUAUCUAGUGAAACACCAUCUGAUCAUCUUAAAUAAAAUCAAACCAGUUGAAAGAAGUCCAAGGCCCCAUGGAAGAGACCCAGGAUGCAAUCCAAAAGACCUUCACAAGGUGGCGCCACUCACAUGUGAAAACUUUUCUGUCUCUGAACACUGAAGAAAAUGUGGCUGAUCUAUAUUUUGUGUAAAUGUGCUUGCUGCUUAAAUAAACAUGGCUCCUUAAAUA